AUUCGCCCGCGCGACAUUCGCCAGCGCGCACGCGUAACGCAAGCGCGAAUUUCGAAACGAAAAUGAUGCUCGCCGGAGCAGAGAUUGUCGACAAGAGUGUCGCGUUCAGUUCUGAUGGUGUGGUGCUGCCAGCUCCUGCAGCUUCUGCCACGGCAGCUCCUGCCAUGGUUGCUCCUGCCGCUCCUGUCAUGCCCCAGGCUGCCCCACAAGGGCUGUCAAGGGUUCCUGAGCGGGAAGCUGUGGAUAUGCACUUCAGUAACAUAACGUGUACAGUCAAACUUGGAAUUAAUAAAGGGUACAAAGAGAUCCUCCAUGGCGUCCACGGCCGCCUCCGGCCGCGGCAGCUGGUGGCCAUCAUGGGGCCUUCAGGCGCCGGCAAAUCCACAUUACUGGACGUUCUGUCAGGAUACAGGGUCACUGGGGUCGGAGGAGCGGUGUUCCUUAACGGCAGGGGCAGGAUCAUGAAGCAAUUCAAGAAGAUGUCGUGCUACAUACAGCAAGACGACCGGCUGCAGGGGCUACUUACUGUAGGCGAAAACAUGUCCAUGGCUGCCAACCUCAAACUACCCACCAAAAUGGAUGCCUACGAGAAGGGGGAAGUCAUAGAAAAUAUUCUCACGAACCUCGGCCUCUACGAACACUCCUACACCCGCGCAGCACGGUUAUCCGGCGGACAGAAAAAGAGGCUCUCGAUAGCUCUGGAGCUUAUUAACAACCCUCUUAUUAUGUUCCUCGAUGAGCCCACUACAGGCCUCGACAGUUCCUCGUGCACACAAGUAGUCCAGCUCUGCAGCAGCCUCGCCCGCCAAGGCCGAACGAUCGUCUGCACUGUCCACCAGCCUUCGGCCUCGCUCUUCGCGCUGUUCGACCAAGUAUAUGUGCUGGCCGCCGGACAGUGCCUCUACCAGGGCACCACGCAGAACCUGGUGCCGUACUUGGAGCAGACGGGCGUGCCUUGCCCCAUCUACCACAACCCCGCUGACUAUGUAAUCGAGCUAGCAUGCGGAGAAUACGGCGAAGACAAAAUCCAACUCCUUACAACCAAAUCAGAGAACGGUAGAGCGCUGCACUGGUUCGAUAACCCUGAGUCCAUCCCCAGCAUGGAGGCUCUGAGGAAGCAGUUCCCCCUGAGCGCGCUGAAGGCCCAGGACAGGGGGUCCAGCAAUGAGGAAACGCCGCAGUCCAACCAGAGAUCUGUGCUCAUCAGGACUGGGUUCCUUAAAGCUAAACGAGAUGCUACCAUGACCCACAUCCGUGUCCUGGUGAACAUCCUGGUGGGUUUAAUGCUGGGGAGCCUCUUCAUCAACGCGGGCAACGAGGGUUCCAGGGUGCUGGAGAACUAUAACCUGCUGUUCGCCAUACUGAUGCACCAUAUGAUGUCGCCAAUGAUGCUGACCAUUCUUACAUUCCCGUCAGAAAUGUCGAUCCUGUCCAAGGAACAGUUCAACAGAUGGUACUCCUUGGGAUCCUACUACCUUUCCAUAACUCUCGUGGACUUGCCAGUAUCUGUGGUAUCAUGCUUCGUCUUCAGCGUGAUAGUCUACUUCAUGUCAGCGCAGCCGCUAGAGCUGACCCGGUUCACCAUGUUUUUCGCCAUCUCCAUGUACACUGUCCUGGUGGCGCAGAGUUUCGGACUCAUGAUCGGAGCAGUCUUCAACGUGGUUAACGGCACAUUCCUGGGCCCGUCUCUCUCCGUACCCAUGAUGAUGUUCGCCGGUUUCGGCGUGACGCUGCGGGACCUGCCCUCCUACCUGUACUGGGGGUCGUACGUGUCCUACCUGCGCUAUGGGCUCGAAGGACUGAUCAACGCCAUCUACGGGAUGAAUAGGCCCGUACUCGCCUGCGAGGAUGAAUUAUAUUGUCAUUACAAGUAUCCCAGCAAGUUUUUGAACGAGAUUGCGAUGCGAUCGGAUAUGUUUUGGUGGGACAUCCUCGCUCUGACCAUCAACGUAGUCGUCCUAAGAACACUGGCCUUCUUUUUACUAAAAUGGAAACUAAACGCAGUGCGAUAAAAUAUGUUUGUACGUAAUAUUUGUGUAAAUUGGUUGGGUAGUGUAGAUACCAGUCUAGCUCUAAAUUGUGUGACAAGUGACAAUUAUAUAAUAUUUAGUCAAGUAAAAUUGCCCGAAAGAACUGGUAGCA